AUGGAGAUAUGUGAUGGGCCUUUGGUUGGUGAAAUGGUGGUGGAGGAUGUCGAGAUUGAUUGCGGUGGUGAGGUUUCGAAGAGGGAGGUUUGGUCGGGAAUUGGACAAGUUGAGUGUAAGCUAGAUGAUAGUGAUUUAGUUUUAGUGCACCCUUAUUUGGUUCCUAUGGCGGCAACUUUUAGCCUGGCUGCUCCUUAUAUUGAGGGAAGCAUUUGUAGCGGGGUAAGGCCAAAUGCUUUGUGUUUAGGAGUUGGAGGUGGGGCUUUGCUUGGUUUCGUGAGGACCCAGUUUGGCUUUCAGGUUGUGGGUGUGGAAGCCUAUGAGGAGGCGCUAAGGGUUUCUUGGCGGUAUUUUGGACUCGAAGAUGGUGAGCACAUUCUAGAUAAAUUUGUUGAUGCUUGUCAGGUAGAGGAGGGUUGUGACGUGGGCAGUGGCAAUGAUGUUGAUACUGAAUUUGAUGUGAUUAUGGUUGACUUGGAUUCAAGUGAUGGUAGGGAGUUUGUUAGGAAGAAUGUCCUUUUUCUCAGCCAGAUCAAUUCUCUCUGA